AUGGUGACAGUAGCAAAUGCUCAUGACGAUUUGAUUCAUGACGCCGUGUUAGAUUACUACGGAAAGAGAUUAGCCACCUGUUCCUCCGAUAAAAAGAUCAAGAUCUUUGAAAUUGAAGGCACGGAAAACUAUAAAUUGUCAACCACCUUGACGGGGCACGAAGGACCCGUAUGGCAAGUGUCAUGGGCCCAUCCUAAGUUCGGAUCCAUCCUCGCAUCGUGCUCAUACGAUGGUAAGGCAUUCAUUUGGAAAGAGACACCAGAGACCCAAACUUGGUCCAUCAUUGCCGAACACACCGUCCACCAAGCCAGUGUCAACUCCGUGUCCUGGGCACCACAUGAACUAGGUGCCGUGUUGUUAUGUACCUCCUCCGACGGCAAAGUGUCCGUGGUUGAUUUCAACGAGGACGGAACCACCUCCCAUGUGAUAUUCAAUGCGCACAACAUCGGGGUCAAUUCCGCCAGCUGGGCCCCAAUUUCCAACGUCAGCUCCAAAGACCCCCAGACCUUGAAACAACAUCGCAGGUUCGUCACUUGUGGGUCAGACAACUUGGCCAAGAUUUGGAAAUAUGACUCAGUACAUAACACCUAUGUCGAAGAAGCAAGAUUGGAAGGACAUACCGAUUGGGUCAGAGAUGUCGAUUGGUCGCCUUCCAUCUUGGUGAGAUCUUAUAUCGCCACUGCAUCUCAGGACCGUACUGUAUUGAUUUGGACCCAGGAUAGAGACGGCCAUUGGCAAAAGCAAUUGUUGACCGAGGAGAAGUUCCCCGAUGUGUGCUGGAGGUGUUCCUGGUCGUUAUCAGGAAACAUCUUGGCCGUGUCUGGCGGUGACAACAAGGUGAGUUUAUGGAAGGAGAAUUUACAAGGCAAGUGGGAGUCUGCCGGAGAAGUUGAUCAAUAG